CUACACCAUCCCUGGAAGAGAAAACUGCACUAAGAAUAGAGCAACAAGCAACAAGCAGCCUGCACAGCUGAACCAAUGGAUCCUUAUAACAGCAGAAACCAGCUGAACCCCAGCAUGAACUCUGACCAGACAGCAGCAGAUGUGUCCGGAAACAACCAAACAUCUGGAAAUGUGGACAAAACUACAGCUGACAGCAGCGACACACAACCAGCAACCAGGCAGCCGCAAUAUGCAGGGGGGUUCACCAUCAUCCCACCAAACGAAGCUCGACGAAGCCAGAUAAAAACAAUGGCUCAGAAAGAAGAGGAGGAGCUUCGGAGAUGGAAAGAAGUAAACAGACCUUCUGCUGUGCAUCUCAAUCCAGAGAGACUCGGUGGUCAUGUGAGUGAAUCUGAAGCCAGACAGAAGCAGCUGGCGAAUCUUCGCGGCUCCAAACUGCAGAAAAAGGUAAAAAACAUUUAG